AUGCCCGUAAGAUUUUCCCCGAAGUGUUGUCGUGGGAAACCAAGGAAUAACAACAAAACAAGUUCAUCUAGUAUUUCUGUGGUGCAGGGAUUCUCCGUCAUUAGAAAUUUUGGCCGGAUACGGUCGUAUUUAUAGAGAGAGAGUACGAACAGUUUCCGAAAUCGAGAUAACACGUUGUUAUGCCAGUCAUAGGUAUUUGCCUGAGUGAUUUAAGUGUGUUUCCCGGAAGAGUUCCCCGUUAUCGUCGUAUGUCACUGCACUGAGCUUGCCGUAAUUGACUCAAUUAUCCAAAACUGUUGCGAUUUACCUCGUAAUAAUUAUCUUAAUAUCGCAAGAGGGCGACUUUAAUCAUCACGUAACGUAUUCUGGUUUAAUGGGAAGAUAGCCUGUUGCUACAGUAGCUUAUGAGGAAUAGACAAACUAACGAACGUCAGAGGGAUCAAUGUUCCGCGAUUUUAAUCCAGGAAAGUUUAUUGUGUGGGUGUGUUUGGCAACUUUCACUGCUCUUUUUGCCCUUCGUCUGGAUGAAGAAGUAAGCUGGAGUUUUUGGGUAGUCUUCUCGCCAAUAUGGGUUUGGAAAGGACUUGUUAUGUUAGGAGCUCUUAUUGGAAAUAUUGUUUGGUGGAAGAAUCCACAUUAUAGACUGGAAGGACAAUCCUAUGUACAGUAUCGAGCACUGUUGAUUUCCUUGGGACUCCAUCUUUUCCUUCUUAUGUUUGAGGUUCUCGUAGCGGACAAUCUUCAAAAUCAUCGUCAUGCUUGGGUGUCUGUGUUUUCACCCUUGAUUCUCAUCUCCAUCAUUUCUAUUGCAGCCUGUAUUUGGGCAGUGAAACAUGAUAGAUCAUUUGAGCUAGAGCUAUUUUGUUCGGUGAAUCUGCUUCAGUUUAUCUUCAUUGCAUUGAGACUGGAUGAAUACAUCAAAUGGCCUUGGGAGAUUGUUUUUGUGCCUGCUUGGAUAUUAAUGUGCGUGUCCAUAGUAGCUGUGCUGUAUUCAAUAGUUUUUGCUGGUCUACUUUUGCGUAUGCCAGAUGUGAACCACGACCGUCGGAGAACUUCCAUGAACUCUGCCAUUGGUUACACUUGCCUUGUUGCACCAUUACUUAUAUUCUUAAUCACACUGACCAGCAAGAUGAAUGGCAACACUACUGCAACCUACACAUCAGUGGCUUCUCCACUGUACAUUUCUUAUAUGACACUCAUCAUUAUGUCAUUUAGCACAAAGAGAGCAAACCAGUGGUGGUUUGGCCUUCGUAAAGACCUGUGUCAGUUCUUGUUAGGAGUUUGUCCCUUGCUGCAAGAAUAUGCCAACAUCUCGUAUAGUAUGCCUCAUGCAGAGGAUCGACAAACAGAGAGUGUAACCUCAAUAGAAGGUGGAAUAAUUGGUUCAGAUAAAAAAGAUGGAAGUGGCUCUCAUAGACUAGAACAUCGUGUAGUUGUUCCAGCUGUUAGUCUUGAAGUGCCUGAUUAGGAAUAUUAUCUCUCUGUUUUCUGGGGGAUACCAGUCUUGUAGAAUGCUGUCUCCCAGUGAGAUUUAAUUACUCCACAGCAGUGAUGUAGGAAUGGCUUAAGAAACCUUCCAUGCCUACAAAGCUGCACUAUGCAAGUUUCAUAUUCACAUGCAUUGUCAUCCCAUAUAUAUCAUAUUUUAUGAGUAAACUAACCAGUUUUCACAAAUGAAUAUUUUCUUGUCAGAACAAUUAUAUAAAAAAUGUUUUUCAAAGAAAAACUUACAGAUGGAAGAAUAAUAACUUUGUACUGUGAAAGA